AUGAGCAAUUGCCUAGUAGCGCAAACGGAUCAAACAGAACCAUUGGAUUUAUCAAUAUCAAAAGUGAAAGAGAAAGGCAAUGCAUUACAAGGCUUAUCAAUGGAAAGAAAGUGUGAAGAAGAAAUUGGACUGCAAUUGCUUCAAACAAAAACAUUGUAUUCAACCGCUUCAAAAGUCAGUGAUGAACGAAUUCCAAUCGAAACAGUCAUGAAAGUAAUGGAAAUGUCAAAGCAGGAAAGUAGAACGAAAAAGAAGCAACGCCACGAUGUACACCAAAAGCAAGAACAUACGAUGACUCAUACCGAUGAGAAGCCGUACAGUUGUCCGACAUGCAAAAAGAACUUUACUCAGUUCAGUAAUAUGAAAAAACAUAUGAUGACUCAUACCGGUGAGAAGCCGUGCAGUUGUCCAAUGUGCAAAAAGAAUUUUACUCAGUUCAGUAAUAUGAAAAAACAUAUGAUGACUCAUACCGUUCGGGAUAUGAAAAAACAUGUGAUGACUCAUACCGGUGAGAAGCCGUACAGUUGUUCAAUAUGCAAGAAGAAUUUCACUCAAUUCGGGGAUAUGAAAAAACAUAUGAUGACUCAUACCGGUGAAAAGCCGUACAGUUGUCCAGUAUGCAAAAAGAGCUUCAUUGAGUCCGGCAAUAGAAAAAGGCAUAUGAUGACACAUGCCGGUAGAAAACCGUACAGUUGUUCAGUAUGCAAAAAGAAUUUCACUCAGUUCGGGGAUGUGAAAAAACAUAUGAUGACUCAUACCGGUGAGAAACCAUACAAUUGUCCGAUAUGCAAAAGGAAUUUCACUAACUCCGCUAAUAUUAAGCAACACAUGCUGACUCAUGCCGGUCAAAAGCCGUACAGUUGUCCAACAUGCAAAAAAAAUUUUACUCAGUUCAGUAAUAUGAAAAAACAUGUGAUGAUUCAUACCGGUGAGAAGCCGUACAGUUGUUCAAUAUGCAAAAAGAAUUUUACUCAAUUGGGAAAUAUGAAAAUACAUAUGAUGAUUCAUACCGGUGAGAAGCCGUACAGUUGUUCAAUAUGCAAGAAAAGUUUCACUCAGUUCGGGGAUAUGAAAAAACAUAUGCUGAUUCAUACCGGUGAAAAGCCGUACAAUUGUCCAAUAUGCAGAAAAAGUUUCACACAAAAAUACCAUUUGCAGUCUCACAUGCUAACUCAUGAUAUAAACAGACCAGUCUACCACUGUACUAUAAUUCCAGUCCGAGCUUGUCGUGUGGAGCCUUUGGGCAACUCUAGUGGUUACAUAGCCAUGGAUGGCAAACCGAUUAUUCCCAUUCAGCAUUUCAAGUGA